AUGGGGCAGGGGCACCGGGCAACACAGAGCGACGCCUCCCGUGCCUGCUCCCCGGUCUUCACCGGCUCUCCCACGUCCGACACCGAUGCCAUGAACUGGUCCUGCUCGGUCUCCGACGUCUACUCCACAGGCUGCUCCAAUUCUACCUCCGACGCCAGCGCAACGGUCCUGCCCGGCGCUUACAAGUCCGAGAGCUCCUGUCUGCGCCCCUCUCUGCGCUCCAGCUUCAGUCGGCACACCUCUCAGAGCUCCAGUCAGCGCGCCUGCCAGAGAUCCAGCUCCAGUCAGCGCGCCUGCCAGAGAUCGAGCUCCUGUCAGCGCGCCUGCCAGAGAUCCAGCUCAUGUCUGCGCGCCUGCCAGACAUCCAGCUCCAGCCAGUGCAUCCCUCGUGCCAAGUGUCCUAACUUUGGAAGAGAGCCAUGUCUGGAGAGGAUGGGUUGA